CACAGCUUUUGACUUAGCCUAAGUGGGGGCUAUAGGGGAUUAUUAACAUUUACUCUGUGACCCAUUUCGUACCUUGUCAAAGUAACAAUAGUAUGAGCUCUCUGGCAACUUUCAUGUUGUUUCUCACUGUGACAAGGUACGAAAUGAGUCACAAAUUAAAUCUUUUGACUGUACCAUGCAAAGGGCUCAAGAUAUACUAGCACCAAGCACCCACCCAAAGUGCCGGUUCAUGAAUAAAACCGUAUCAUUGACUGCAUACGAGUGGGGGCGAAAGAGAGCGCGCCUAACCUAGGUCCUCAGUGCGAUGUGAGAGGCGCGCGCGUCGAACGUACGACCGACUGGCCUCCUCACCACCAAACACGCGAAAACCAACUCUAAAAGUUAAACACAAAGUGCAUAUUCAAGUGUAGUGAGCAGUGAAUUUCUAGUGAAAUGAGUGAAGAAAACGCAAUGGGAGACGAUUUGAAAAGACAAGCGGCGAUGUUCUAUAAUACUACAGAGAGAGAGCGAUCCCAAGAGCACCAAGCGACAUGGUGCUUCUGGCGCCGGCGGCGGCUCAUCGUUGCUCUCCUAGCCUUUUUCGGCUUCUUCAACGUAUACGCGCUUCGAGUCAACUUGUCCGUCGCCGUGGUCGCCAUGACAGAGCCGGUGGAAACCAAGUUGGAGAACGGGACCGUUGUGUUUAUACCAGAAUUCGACUGGAGCUCCCAGACCAAGGGUCUGGUGCUGUCAUCGUUCUUCUACGGGUACCUGGUGACGCAGCUGCCCGGCGGCUGGCUCGCGGCUAAAAUAGGAGGUAACAGAAUGUUCGCCAUUGGGAUAGGAGCCACAUCCCUACUGACGUUGUUCACUCCCCCACUGGCACACACUAGUACCUCACUCUUAAUAGCAGUGAGGGUAGUUGAGGGACUUUUUGAGGGUGUCACCUACCCCUGCAUCCACGCAGUAUGGUCCCGCUGGGCGCCGAGCGAAGAGCGCGCUCGGCUAGCAACGUUCGCCUUCAGCGGCAGCUACGCGGGCACCGUCGUAUCCAUGCCUAUAUGUUCACUACUGGCACACUAUACGGGCUGGCCUGGCAUAUUCUACGUGUUCGGUAUAAUGGGACUGGUGUGGACAACAAUUUGGUGGUUGGUGGUAAAAGAGUCCCCAGAAAAGGACCCCCGGAUAUCCCCUGCGGAAUUAAAAUACAUACAGGACUCCCGAGGUACACAAGCUAUCGAAGGGUCCAAGAUCAAGCAUCCUUGGCGGGCCAUGUUGACCUCCGGGCCAGUUUGGGCCAUAGUUAUGGCCCAUUUCAGUGAGAACUGGGGGUUCUACACGCUUCUAACGUUCCUGCCUACAUUUAUGCAAGACGUGUUCAAGUUCCAGACGUCGGCGACGGGCUGGCUGUCCGCGGUCCCGUACCUCGCCAUGGCCAUAGUUCUGCAGGUGGCGGGUCACCUUGCCGACUGGGUGUUGACCAAGGGGUACAUGUCGCGCACUAACGUCAGGAAACUAUUCAACUGCGGCGCUUUUCUGGCUCAGACGAUUUUCAUGGUGGCGGCCUCGUACGCGUCGACGGUGACAGGCUGCUUGGUGUUCCUCACCAUCGCCGUCGGCCUCGGCGGCUUCGCUUGGUCCGGAUUCAGCGUGAACCACUUGGACAUCGCGCCGCCGCACGCCAGCGUGCUGAUGGGCCUGUCCAACACCGUGGCCACGCUGCCCGGCAUCAUCAGCCCGCCGCUCGCCGGCUCCAUAGUCACUGACAAGACUGCAGAGCAAUGGCGCGUGGUAUUCUUUAUAUCCAGCGCCAUCUAUCUGCUGGGCGCCGUGGUGUACGGCGCGCUGUGCUCGGCCGAGCGGCAGGCGUGGGUGCUGGAGGGCGAUGACCCCCGCUUCGACACGGACGGCGCCUCCGUCACCACCGCCAAGGGAUACGACAACAAGGCCAUGGAACAUAGCGAAAUGUAAUUCUAUAGGGACCGUGCGCGUUGGAGGGUCUGCCAUCUUGUGGUCUGAAUCGGAACCAUAAACAGGCACAUUUACACGUCAAGUGUUUUCUUGUGCAUAGUAGGUUCUGCCAUCUUGUGGGCUACAUCGGAACAAAAAACAUCACAUUUAUGCCUCGCGCCAAAAAUCUGACGGCUCCUACAGUUCAUGCACGCUCCCUAUACUAAACUACUCGGAAAUUAUAAAUAAGAAAAUUACAAACCCAAAAACAGGUUUGCUCAUGGGAGCCUGGGGUCCGCUCGACAACUAAUCCCAAGAUUUGGCGUAGGCACUAAUUUUUACGAAAGCGACUGCCAUCUGACCUUCCAACCCGGAGGGUAAACUAGGCCUUGUUGGGAUUAGUCCGGUUUCCUCACGAUGUUUUCCUCCACCGAAAAGCGACUGGUAAAUAUCAAAUGAUAUUUCGUACAUAAGUUCCGAAAAACUCAUUGGUACGAGCCGGGGUUUGAACCCGCGACCUCCGGAUUGCAAGUCGCACGCUCCUACCGCUAGGCCACCAGCGCUUUUUUUAUUAGGUCAUUGAAAUACAAAACAAAAAAUAAGGGCCUUAUCUCACAAGAGAAUAAUUUGGUUACAAAAAGACAAUUUGAACAAAGGGUUAUGACAGCAAGACUAUGGACCGUAGCGAGAUGUAGAUCAAAAAUUAUUUUUGAUGUAGAUACCGAAUUUGGUGAUACUCAUAGAAAAACUUUUGUUUCUGAAACGUUUUUAGACUACGAUAUAUCUCGGGCCCUAUUUCUCGUGACGUUCAGCGCCAUCUAUUGAACGGAAGAUGGAACUAAAACCAGCUGCGUUAAUGACGCCCGCUGGCAAUACCUUACAUAGAGAGCUAUCGUUUUUGUGCUCACCAGGUGGCGCCACUGCAGAUGGUAGUCCAGAACAGCUCUUAAAAUUCAGCUAUGCUUUGAAAAGUACGGUCACGUCUGAAAAUAUCGAUACGGACAAAGUGCCAAAAAUAUGUAUACAUCAGCUUAUAUAUCGGCCAUAAGUUCAUGUAUACAUAUUUUUGGCACUUCGAUCGCGAUCAUGGUGAUGUUUUGAGACGUGACUGUAUUAAUAAUAAUCCUGGGAAGAUCAUUUAUAUUUGUCUUUAUCAUUAAUAUUUUUGUUCCUGUGUUAAGGAUGUUUUCUAUGUAUAUAAUAUAUAUCUUCUUUUUCCUCGCGUUGUCCCGGCAUUUUGCCAAGGCUCAUGGGAGCCUGGGGUCCGCUUGACAACUAAUCCCAAGAUUUGGCGGACACUAGUUUUUACGAAAGCGACUGCCAUCUGACCUUCCAACCCGGAGGGUAAACUAGGCCUUGUUGGGAUUAGUCCGGUUUCCUCACGAUGUUUUCCUUCACCGAAAAGCGACUGGUAAAUAUCAAAUGAUAUUUCGUACAUAAGUUCCGAAAAACUCAUUGGUACGAGCCGGGGUUUGAACCCGCGACCUCCGGAUUGCAAGUCGCACGCUCUUACCGCUAGGCUACCAGCGCUUAAUAUAUAUUUUUUUUAUAUGGUCGUCUAAUAUCCACGGCACAAGCCUUAUUGAGCUUACUGUGGGACUUGGUCACAUUGUUGUAUAAUAUGUAUUUAUAACUAACUAUUAGUUUACAGCUCUCUGGUACAUACUGUCAGCUGCAUAGAUAACUGACCCCCCUGCAUAGAAAUUGCCAUGGGGGUCAAAUAUCUCUGCAGCUGUACUAUAAUAAAACAAAAGAAAAUCAACGUUACUGCUUUUGUAAACGCUUUACCUACUUAUGCUUGUGAAAGAUUUUAAAUGUACAUUUUAAAGCACAUUGGGGCUUAGAAACAUUAAGAUAAAUACAUAUUGAAUAGUUACUUAAGAGUCCGCAGCAAGCUCGGCCGAUUUACACCGUCUCAUACAAACGUUUCGUUUUCAUUUUAACACUACCUACGUGUUGGAUUGUAAUGAAACUUUGCACAUACAUUGACAUGAGGUAUAUCUAGUCCUGUAAUUAGUUUCUAUCUCCAGUUUAUAAUGAAAUAGAGCAAAAAUAAGUUUUGUAUUACUCAAAUUCGCUGUAUUUUUUAAACUAUGGUACCUGAAGCCAGGGAUCGGAAACCGGUAUUUUUUGUAUGGGAACGAAAACGGUAUUUUUUCGUUCUUUGUUAAUUAUUUCCUUUCUAAUUGGGCAAUCUAAUAAUACGAAGUCGUUAUCUAAAAACACACCCGAGUCCUAUAUUUGGAGUAUAAAAUAAACCGAAAUAUAUGUUUAUUUCCAAGUUUUUCCAAAAAACCGGUUCCGAUCCCUGCCUGAAGCUACAUAAACUAAUUACAGGACUAGAUAGGUAUACCUUAUCAGAUAAGGUUAAGGGUAAGGAUAAGGCUUAUCCUAUUGUAAGUACAAAGUUUCAGAGCAAUCUAGUUAGUCGUUUUAAAAUGAGAGCGUAACUACGUUUGUAUGGAGAACAGAGCUGUCUGCAGACCCUUAAGUAAAACACAACAUUCCGUAAUUUAAUGUUUAGCUUUAAUUUUUACAAAGAGUUAUUAAUUAGAAGAGUGUCAAUGUUUAAGAAAAAUAAGAAAAUGCAUAUUUCGAAUGCACCUGACGUAGAUGGCGCUGUACGCCUCCGUCAUGACAGUGUCGGGUACGUGACAAGUUGAGUAAGAGCUCAACGAGGGGGGGAGGGGGUUAGGGUCGGCAACGCGCAUGUAACUCCUCUGGAGUUGCAGGCGUACAUAGGCUGCGGAGACUGCUUACCAUCAGGCGGGCCGUAUGCUUGUUUGCCACCGACAUAGUAUAAAAAAAAGUUUUUUUAACACUUCUGAUAAAACUAAGAAGGCCGAUGUUUGGCAUGAUUACGUUUGAUAACUUUAUUUAAAUACCUAAAGAUAUAGAUUAAGACAAUUUCGUGCUUCAAAUUUUGACGACCGGUUUGGCCUAGUGGGUAGUGACCCUGCCUACGAAGCUGAUGGUCCCGGGUUCAAAUCCUGGUAAGAGCAUUUAUUCGUGUGAUGAGCAUGGAUAUUUGUUCCUGAGUCAUGGGUGUUUUCUAUGUAUUUAAGUAUUUAUAAAUAUUUAUAUAUUAUAUAUAUCGUUGUCUAAGUACCCUCAACACAAGCCUUAUUGAGCUUACUGUGGGACUUAGUCAAUUUGUGUAAUAAUGUCCUAUAAUAUUUAUUUAUUUAUUUAAAUUUGACAGGUAAACGAGAUGGCGCUGUACAGCUCCAUACAUUUUGCGGUAACUCUGUCAAAAGUUGAUGUUUGACACAUCAGUGACUGCAAAACAGAAGGCGCAAUACAGCGCCAUCUGUUUUGGAUGUCAAACUAAGAACGUUUUUUGCUUAGACUUUAGCUCUCUAUUACAAUGCAUACUCUUUGCUGCAGGUUAUUAAGCUAUUGCGUAAACGCCAUCUACUGUCAAACUGGGGCACAAUUUUUUUCUUAAAUUAGACUACUCUUUCACAAUCGAUCAACUCUUUGAUUUUUGUAUUCAUUUUAUUUUAAAUAACUUUAAUUUUAAGUUGACAAAAGUCUGGUUCCUAUUUGUGACAUCCGUGCCUAAAGGGUCCGUGUUCCAUGUGCACAAGGACCCUUCUCUAGUGGAAAGCCACAUUUUACUAAACUGAUACUUAUUUUUCCCUUAUUUCUAAAGUACCAAUUACAUCCACACUUUAUCAGGCCUGAUAUUAGGCCCGACGUCAGAAUGUUAAGUUUUGAUGUCAGAAUGUUAAGUCUGGAUUGGCCUCUAAGUUCAGAUAUAGGAACUCCAAUGACCUGUGUGUAUAUGUGAUAAUUUGUAAGAAUAUAAUUAUGUCAAGUGUAAUGGAAUACAUAUUAUUAAUGUAAAUAAUUUUGUGUGCCGUGAGUUGAGAAAUUAAAGAAUUUAAUGGAAA